AUGUCAAGAGAGUCAGAUGCUACUGUUCAACAAGCCCUGAGGGCAGGGGAUCUAGAAAUGGUUGCAGAACAUGUGACCAAGAACGAACAGUUGCUGAAUUUCAGGGAUGAGAAUGGUGAAAUGAUUGUUCAUCAAGCUAUUACUUAUAACCAGUUUCCCAUUCUACAAUAUCUUGUGGACCAAUUUCCACAAACUGUAAAACAGAGGGACCGUGGAGGGCGCACAGGCCUUCAUAUUGCUGCCAUACAGAAGAAUGAAGCAAUGUAUGAAUUGCUUCUUUCCAAAGGUGGUGACCCUAAGGCACUUGAUCAG